AUGGCCAUUUCUCAUCUCAUGGUUUAUUCUCAACAUGUGGAAGAGGCAAGGGCUAAGAGAACAGUAGAGAUGCCAAAAGGUCAAGAUCUUUUGAAGAUGUCUAACCCUAAGCCUAAUAAGGGAAAGGAUACUCGUUCAACGAACAAGAAGCCUACUUGUGCCAAGUGUGGAAAAGGUCAUCUUGGUGAAUGUCUAGUUGGAACAAAAAAUUGCUUUAGGUGUGGCAAGAGUGGCCACAAGGUUAGGGAUUGCCCUAAUAUUAAGGUGCAGGAGAAGGGUAGUGGUCAAACUAAAGCAAGUGGUUCAAAAGAUGCUCCGAAGAAGAAUGACUUCUAUGCUCUUUGCUCUAGGGGUGAGAAAGAGACUUUUUCCGACGUAAUGAACGGUAUGUCUUUUCCAUUGAUGUAUAUGCUUUAG